ACCCUGAAUUUUAAACCCCCUUUCGCACGUAUCUGUCAUUUAUUUUUGCUUCAGCUUAGAGCCAGGGCCAGGAGAAAACAUGGCGGAGAUUAGUCAGGGUCAGGGUCAGGGAGAAGAAAUUCCUCCGAAUAUGACUUUAUACAUCAACAAUCUUAAUGAGAAGAUUAAACCCGACCAGUUGAAGAAGUCGUUGCACGCUGUGUUUUCACAAUUCGGAAAGAUACUGGAUGUUUUGGCAUUCAAGACUCUGAAACACAAAGGUCAAGCUUGGGUUGUGUUCGAGGAUGUUAGCUCCGCUACCAAUGCUCUUAGGCGAAUGCAGGGCUUUCCCUUUUAUGACAAGGAAAUGAGAAUACAAUACGCAAAGACUAAAUCAGAUAUAAUAGCAAAAGCAGAUGGCACUUUUGUACCCCGAGAGAAGCGAAAGAGACAUGAAGAAAAGGGUAUGCUCCUCUUUGUUCCUUAUCUUAAGUUGGAAAGGCUAACAGAGGGAAAAAAACGGAAGGAGCAACUUGAUCCUAAUCAAGCAGCAGUAGGUUUGAAUCCAGCUUAUGCUGGUGCUUAUGGUGCAACACCUCCUCUAUCACAGUUACCCUACCCGGGUGCUAGAUCAAUGGUUCCGGAAGCUCCUGCACCACCAAAUAACAUUCUGUUUAUUCAGAAUCUUCCUCAUGAUACAACCACAAUGAUGCUGCAGAUGCUCUUCAAUCAAUACCCUGGUUUAAAGGAUGUUAGAAUGGUGGAAACAAAACCAGGUAUUGCCUUCGUGGAGUACGAAAACGAGGUGCAAUCGACUGUUGCGAUGCAGGCACUACAAGGUUUUAAGAUACAGCAAAACCAGAUGUUGAUUACUUACGCAAAGAAGUAGAAGGAAAGGCCAAAAUACUCCUCCUAUUGCUUCCAACAUGAGAAGUGUCUGGAUAGUUAAUUAGAUAGCAUUUGGCAUCAAAUGUGAUAGCCAUCCUGUGUGACAUUCUCUUAACUACGGCUUCCGGAUUGUUACUGUAGAUUGUUCGACCAGAUUUUUUGUGUUUUAAAUUAAAUUCUCUAUACACAUUUGUUUA